CGCUUUAAGAGUGGGUCGCGUGUGUCGAUGCCCUGUCAAGAUGUCUCCCUCUCAACUUCAAUAAAGUACUAGCAUGUAGCGCUCACCCAAGACAAGAAACUUCGCCACUCCCGGGCCACCCCCAAGUCGGCAAAACUCGCGUCGGUUUCGACCUAACUACACCGGAAUAUGAGCUGAUCGUCACCUCGGGAAGCCGCCGACUUCCCCCCUCGCGUGGGACUUCCUCGUGCCGACGCCGGGCUUGCCUGCCUCUUGCGCCAGAUUGCCGAGAACCGCAUCGAAGAAGUGGUCCCUAAAAGAACUUGCAAGCCAAGGGAGAGGAAUGGACAAGGACUGCCCAGCGGUCCCCGCCAAACGUCUUGACCACCGCGCCGCAACGACGACGGCAGACAGCGGCACCAGCUGAGGCGGCGAGGGCGGGGGGAAGCCAUGGGCAACCUGAACUGCCUGUCUCAGGGGUCGCCCGAGGGGGCCGCCAGGGGGGACGACGGGGGGGACAAGGCCGGGCACGACCACCACCACCACCACCACGGGGGUGCGGGGGGCCCCGCCCAGGCGGGGGGGGACCACAGCAACGGGGGCCUGCGGCAGCCCCUGGACACGCGCUACACCAAGGCCCCCACGGGAGGAGGGGCACAGGCCCCGCCCCCGGCCAACGGGCCCCACCACGAAGUACUCGCCGUCAGGCCGGGGCCCCCCGGUUCCGGAUCGGGCAAAAUGGUAGUGGCCCUUUACACCUACAAUGCAAGGGACGACGGAGAUCUCAGCUUCAGGAAGGGGGACAGGCUUCAGAUACUGAACGACAGCGACCCCGACUGGUGGCACGCAAAGCAGGUCAACGGCCAACAGACGGGCUACAUUCCACGCAACUAUGUGGCCUUUGAGAAGACCGUGGAGAGCGAGGACUGGUUCUUCGGCAAGGUGUCGAGAAAGGACGCGGAGAAGAUGCUCCUCCUGGCCUCGAAUCCCCGGGGCACCUUCCUCAUACGGAACAGCGAGCAGACGACAGGUGCCUUCUCGCUCUCCAUCCGCGACUUUGAGCCGACCAAGGGGGAGCACGUGAAGCACUACAAGGUGAAGGCCAUGGACAACGGCGGCUUCUUCGUCACCACCAAGAAGACCUUUGCCACCCUCCAAGAACUCGUGUCCUAUUACAUGGAAGGUGCAAAUGGCUUGUGCCACAAGCUGACCAUUGCCUGCCCCAAGCCCAAGCCGGUCGUCUGGGACCUGUCGCCAGAGACACGGGACGAGUGGGAGAUACCCCGCAGCUCUGUGCAGCUCAUACGCAAGCUGGGCAGUGGGAACUUUGGCGAGGUCUGGUACGGAUUGUGGAAGGGCAGCACGGAGGUGGCCAUCAAGACGCUGAAGCCCGGCACGAUGGACCCUGGGGCCUUCCUCCAGGAGGCGGCCAUUAUGAAGAAAUUCCGGCACGAGAAGUUGGUGUCCCUGUAUGCCGUCUGCUCCAAGGAGGAGCCCAUCUACAUUGUGACGGAGUACAUGGCCCACGGCUCGCUGCUGGAGCACCUGCGCAACAAGGACGGCCGGGCCCUCAAGCUGCCCGCCCUCAUCGACAUGGCCGCCCAGAUUGCCAGCGGCAUGGCCUACCUGGAGAGCAAGCAGCUCAUACACCGGGACCUGGCUGCCCGCAACAUCCUGGUCGGCGAGAACAAUGUCGUCAAGGUGGCAGACUUUGGACUCGCAAGGAUCAUCGAAGACUCCGAGUACACCGCAAGGCAAGGUGCCAAGUUCCCCAUCAAGUGGACGGCCCCCGAGGCAGCCCUGUACGGCAAGUUCUCCAUCAAGUCCGACGUGUGGUCCUACGGCAUCUUGCUUUACGAACUCAUCACCCACGGGCAGAUCCCCUACCCAGCGAUGCCGAACCGGCAGGUGAUAGAGUAUGUGGACCGGGGCUAUCGGAUGCCCAAGCCGACCAACUGCGAGUGCCCGGACUCGGUGUACGGGAUCAUGCUCAACUGCUGGGACGCCGACCCGGAGAAGAGGCCCACGUUCGAGUUCCUCUUCGGGUUCUUCGACGACUAUUUCGUAUCCACCGAACCCAGCUACCGGGACGCCGAAGACUUCUGAAGAGGACAAAAGGAACAGUCUUCCAAUUUUCCACUCGGUUAACGACCGGCAUGUUAGUGGCUGCGGCGGCGGAACUCUGGUGGAGCCGGUCGGCUCGUUUCUGCGGCGCCAAAGGUGGUUUGGGGCGACCUUGAGGUGAUCUUGGGAUGGCCUUGUGACCUUGGGGGUGGUUCGGGUGAUUUGGACCCUUUUUUUCUGUGCGUCACGUUUGGUCACGUAUGUCCCUCUUGGUCCUUGGACCACAUUUAAGACUGGUGCGUGGUCCGGUUUUUCUGGGAAGGAACGCUACAGCCGUCGAGGAGAACAGGCAAGGCGGACGCACAUUUUGAGCUUCCACGAAAAAAUUAAGCUCUCUGCUUUUUCAUUUCGUGCAUGGUGUUUGUUAUUUUCCUUUUUUCAGGGGAAGGGGGGUUACCAUUUUUUUUUCAGUGAUGGCUGUCAAGUUGAUUGCAUUUCAGGGAAGUAGGAGAAAAAGUAGAACUUCUAAGGGGCUUGUUGAACACAUUUGUGGUGCAUGGAAUUUUGCCUCUAGGCCGAGGAGAUGGGCACGUAGCCAGGAUUCUGAUUCGGGGGCUGUGGGGGGGGGGGGGGGGGGGCAGGGUUGGGGCCACCCAUGACAAAAUGCUGUAUGAGGGUGAGGAGGAGAGGAGGCCCCAGUAAAUUGGAAGAUUUCGGGGGAGGGGGCCCGGGCCCCAUGGCUACGUGCCUGAGAGGCAACAUGGUGCUGCGACAUUGUUUCAUUACGCUGGACCAUGGUGGUUAUGAUUUUGCAAUUGGGCGGUUUUAACGUUUUGGCAGUACGGCCUUCUAGAAAUGGUGUGGGAAAAAAAAUGGUCACAAAGUAUAACGUAGCCCAGGAAGCAACUGAGUGUAUUUACCCAGCUGCGUUUUUGGGUUUCGAUUUUCCCGAGGGCUCGUUUACCAUGGUAUAUGCUGAAAAGUGGCAUUUCAAAGAGCAGUAUUUUGGGGCUUCAUUGUUGUUCGGAAACUUUUACAGUUUUUUGAGAAUUUUCUACAUUCCCCCCACCUUUUGUCUGUGUUUGUUCUUAGAUACACGGAAGGUUGUGCCACUUACGAUAUCAUAUCCCAAAGUUAUACAUCUACCAUCGUGCGAAAAAAUGUAAAUCAUUCAUAUCGAGGAGUUAUGCAGCCCGGAACUACUGCAGUAGCUGUGCUUCGUGGCUACCUUGCGUACCCUUCAAACUAACAUAUCAGUAGGACCAUGAAAGUACUAACAUACGAAUCCUGCAAUAGAAAUUGAGUCACACAUGCUCAGAUAUGUAACCGAGUAUUAUUUAUACUAGAAGCCAAGUGUAUACCCGAAUAGAAAACACAACUUACUGAUGAGGCUCAACGAAAUACUGCCCCGUGCCGAUUACUGUUGCUAACUGACUGCUCAAUAGCCAGUUGGCCACGUUGAAGGUUUAAGCAAUAUGCUGUUGCACGUCCCGUUCGGAAAGUCGCUCUGUUACGGCAAUCUCCAAAGAAAGGUGACAGCGGUGUUUUGGUCUGCGACUGCCACAAGGCAUGCUCUACCGGUUUUGUCAUCGUGCGUAAAUAGUCUCGUUUGUGAAAGUUGCGAGCGGAAAUUUGGAGCGUACAGCUGUGGUACAGGGAAUGGCGACUUAGAGGUGCUGCACGCAGAUGGCACCACCUGCGUUAAGUGUAGCGGAAGACUCCAUCUGGGAUCGGCAACUCCAACUAGCUGCAUUCUACAUUUCCUAGAUGCAUUCAGGUCAUAGAUGAUGCGCCGAAAUCAAGAUCUUCAAAACGCGACUCGCGAUAGUAUCUGUACACGACUUUUCACCACCCGCAUGGGUCGUGAGGAUGUCUCUACAUCAUUCUAAUUAUAAUAUAACAUUUUAAACUGACACAUGUGGGAGUUUAAACGAGCCGUUUCGGGUUUGUUGGUGCGAAUCGGGGUCUUGACCGCUGCCGCGUUGCACCGUCUCGUUCGGUGUCGCCAGGUGAUACCAUGACCUGUUUGCACCGGAGGUGCUGUGAUGACGGUUCAUUAUCCAUCCGUCUAUUUUCAUACGUGUUUUUUGUACGUGGCAACCGGCACUGCCGCCGUAGGUUACCUAGUAGUUUCGACUUUCUAGUGGCUCAAAGUCUCGCUGUUUGUGAAUCUGUAUCAAGAAAAGAAAAGAAUGUUUAAUUCUUAUUGUACUUGGUAAACGUGUGUGUAACGCAGCCCUUUUCCACUCUUGGUGUGCCUACAUUAAUUAGCCUUGCUAUUUCAGUUUUGCCCCCUCUGGGGGCUCAUAUUUAUAGCUACGCAAGUUUACAUCUGGACUCUACAACUCAUAUCAUCGCUGGUGUCAGGCAACAUUUCCGUUUUGGUCUCGCCACACGGGGGGGUACCUUGUGAACCGCCGUCGCGAACUGUGAUUAGAUAACCAAUACUCUUCAUAUUCUACAUUGAACUUUAUUGGAUCGGUUAAACUAGGUAUUUAAAUGCAUUUCCAAGGUUCAUAACAUGAUUAUGAUGAAAUUAUUUUGCUUAGUGGCUAGAAUCGUAACAUUAAUGUGGCAUGCGUUGCUUUAAGUGCAUUUAGUUGCAAGUUUGCUUGCAUUGAAUUGUUCAAAAUGCAGCCUUUUAAAGAGACAGCCUUUUAGAUAUGUACGCAGAGAAGUAAUCAGUGUGAUUGUAUUGCCCGCUUAGUGUAUACCCGUGCUAUAUUUAUUUUCCUGCGUUGCAACGAAUCCGUGUAUAUAAUUUUUGGCCGUGUGUAAGAUAAGAUAAAUGUUCUCGGUAACCUUAGUUUGCUCUCCAUGAUCCUUUUUUUUUUUUUUUUGCUUACCAUUAAAAAGAUAGCAAUAGCAGUGAUCCCAAAUACUUAUCCUUUGACCAAGCGUGUUCGUUCUGACUUCCUCGAUGCACAAGGUUGGGGGGACGAAUGUUGCAAGGCUGUACUUUCUCUUUACGGUGGUACAGAAGUUUCCUUCUGCUGCUGUAAUCACAUUCCAGUUUUUACAAGUAGCGGAAGCUGGUGUACAAUAAAGAAAAAUUUUCUAAU